CUAGGCUGAAUUUUCUCCACUGGCUUGUUUGGGAACUGGCCUCUUCUAAGCUGUGUGGUACUAUUAGCUUGCACUGCUGCCGGCUGGUUGACAGCUGAGCUGGGACUCCUCAAGGCAGAGACCUUCCGGACGCGCUCAUUUCCACCUUCAACCGCCCUCGUCUCUCUCGCGGCAGUCUAGGACCAUUCUCCAGCGAGACAGGACAGAACAGGCUUGAGAAGAAUAGGGGGCAGAGGAAGAGUAAGAAGUAAAUGUAAUUGCUGUGAAUUCCUUUGAACAAUUCAUGAUAUUUAUCAUUGUGCCCAGUUUCUAAAAAUAAAAGAUGGGUGGAUUAUUUUCUCGAUGGAAGACAAAACGUUCAACUGUAGAAGUUCUGGAAAAUAUAGAUAAGGAAAUUAAAGCAUUGGAAGAAUUUAGGGAAAAAAAUCAGAGAUUACAAAAAUUAUGGGUUGGAAGAUUAAUUCUCUACUCUUCAAUUCUCUAUCUGUUUACAUGUUUAAUUGUAUACUUGUGGUAUCUUCCUGAUGAAUUUACAGCAAGACUUGCGAUGACACUUCCAUUCUUUGCUUUCCCAUUGAUCAUCUGGAGCAUAAGAACAGUACUUAUUUUCUUCUUUUCCAGGAGAACAGAAAGAAAUAAUGAAGCAUUGGAUGAUUUAAAAUCUCAGAAGAAAAAAAUACUCGAAGAGGUCAUGGAAAAAGAAACUUAUAAAACAGCUAAAUUAAUUCUUGAAAGAUUUGACCCAGACUCAAAGAAAGCAAAGGAGUUUGAGCCGCCAUCUGCUGGAGCAGCUGUAACUGCAAGACCUGGACAAGAGAUUCGUCAGCGAACUGCAGCUCAGAGAAACCUUUCUCCAACACCAGCAAGCUCUAGCCAGGGCCCUUCUCCACAAGUUCCAGUGUCUCCUGGACCACCAAAGGAUAGUUCAGCCCCUGGUGGACCCCCGGAAAGAACUGUUGCUCCAGCCCUAUCAUCAAAUGUGUUACCAAGACGUCUUGGAUCCCCUGCUACUUCAUUGCCUGGAAUGGGUCUUCAUCCUCCGGGUCCACCUUUAGCAAGACCCAUUCUCCCCCGAGAACGAGGUGCUCUGGAUAGAAUUGUUGAAUAUUUAGUUGGUGAUGGUCCACAGAACAGGUAUGCCCUUAUAUGUCAGCAGUGUUUUUCUCAUAAUGGCAUGGCUUUGAAAGAAGAAUUUGAAUACAUUGCUUUUCGAUGUGCCUACUGUUUUUUCUUGAAUCCUGCAAGAAAAACUAGACCUCAGGCUCCAAGACUUCCAGAAUUUAGUUUUGAGAAGAGGCAGGCAGUGGAGAGCUCAAGUUCAAUUGGUUCCUUGCCCUCAGGAAGUGUGAUUUCAUCAGAGAACCAGACCGGUGAAGAAUCUUUAGAAGAACAAGAUAUUCUUGAUAACAGUACAGAGCAGACAGAUGAGAAAAUAUCAGAUACAGAGCAGACAAACCAAGGGAUUGAAAAAGUGUUUGGCACAGAGGACCCAGAGGAGAGACAAGAGACCGAGAAUGAGGAGACCUCAGUGAAUGAAGCCAAAUCAACAGUUCCCAGAGCGGAUUCUAUUCCGAAUCCUGAACUCAGUGGAGAAUCUCUCGUGGCAGUGUAGUAAAUGCUUCCACGUGCCUUUCACUGGACAUUUGUAGUCUUGAUGUCAGUUACUGCUUUGUAGGUGUUGCUUUCUUUCCCCCCUUCCCCUCAAAGGAUGUGCUUGAUAUCAUUUGAAUUCAGAUUGCUUAGCUCUUUUAACAUGUCAGAGGUGUAGCUACUGGGUAUUAAAUUAAAGGCAAGUGAUACCAGUAAAGUAAGAUCCUUUGGAAUGUACAAAGAUCCACACCGUUUAAUCAGCUUUUAGAUGUUUUCUAAAAGUAAACAAACAUAG